GUAGAGAGCUCUGGGUUGUUCCUAAAUCCUAACUAGAGUUUACAUCGACUAGUAGUGCUGACCCUGAGCCACUCUUUAAGCCAAAACUAUAUUCAACUUCAGACUGGAUCUAUUUAAAAUUUGAUAUUCUAUGCCGAAGCUCGGGCCCAUGAUCAACUCUAACAUGGACCUUCUCCACGGAAAUGAUUAAGUAGACAUUGUGUUCAAAUAGGAUCUUCACCCACCAGUCUAAGCUUACACAAGAUUUUUGUGUAUUAAGACAUUACACAUGAGAAUACUGAAGUUUUCCAUAAUGAUCCAUCAAACUGAGUUAUUGGGAAUUAGUCUUCACCCCAGGAUGAUUCCCCAUGCAGGGAAAGCAUCGGGCAGCAGCCACCGGCACCACAUAGAUGGCAAGGUGGCAAAAUUGUAAUUUCAUCCAAAUCUGAGGGGCAUAUUAAGAAGAAUUGCCUCACGCUCUCUCUCUCUCUCUGGCCAGUAAUAAUACCACCGAGCUCCACCCGCCCUUCUCCUCCUUCCAACAGCCCCCCCCUCCCUCCAGCCCCCCGCAGACAAAACCCUAACCCUAACAUGUGAUCCUCCCUUUUGCCCCCGCCGAUGAUCUCUCCGAUGGCUUCCGUCCGCGUCCCCGCCCGCGUCUGGCUGCCACUCCAGCAAACGUACCGCCGUCUCCUCGUGGGUGGAAAUCACACCUCCUCCAGGUUCUGCACUCGCUAAAGUCUUCUUCCUCCCCCCUUGCCGGCUUUCUAUCUCCUCAAGUUUUUCCCCCUAAAAACCGCUCCUUUGGUGCAAGCAAUGGCGCCGACCAGAUCCAUGGUCCUCAAAAUCCUCGUGGCCUCCGCCACAUUGGCGGCGGCGGCCCUCCUCCUCCUCGACCUCGCCGCCAGAAUCGGCGGCACCUCCGGCGGGUGCGACGCCUUCCUCUCGGAAAUCCCUGCCCCCCUCGCGAACUCCACUGAUCUCGACGCGGCCUUCCGCGAGCUGAUCGCGAGGAACUGGCUCUCCCCCGGCGGCCGCGCGAUCUGCGUCGGGCCGGGCUCUGGCGCCGCCGCCGCAGCCGCGCAGCGGCUGGGAUUCCGCACUGCCACCGUCGCCGCCCCCCCGGCGCCUGCUGCGGCCUCCCUCGCCGCGGCGUCCUUCGACCUCGCCUUCUCCGCGGCGCUGGACCGGGCCCGAGUGCCGGCCCGGGUGGUUUUAGAAAUGGAGCGGGUCCUCCGGCCCGGCCGCGUCGGCGCGGUGCUUCAGCUCGUGUCCGGUCCGGGUCUGAUGAAGGCGGCCGCGCCGGUCGCCUCUUUACUGCGGUCCUCUGAGGUGAUCGGAGCCCGGGCGGUGAACGGAUCCGCGAUGGUGGUGUUCAAGAAAAGAGGCCCCCCGGGGUCGGCGAGCAGCGGGCUCGGCGGUGGCACGUGCGACAACGCAAUGACGAAAACGCCCCUGGUCUUUGACGAGAUUAUCGAACUUGCGCGCGCCGCCCUCCUCCUGCGGGGGGCCUUCUGGUAAAUUGGCAUAGGCACACGUGCCAAUUCCUACGUAUCUGUUUAAAUAAAGGGCCGGCUCUCUCUCCCUCUAACCGCGUUUCGGCGUCAGUGGAAGCGUGACCGCGUGAGUGAAGGAAGCAGGCUGUGUGUUGUGUCGUUUUUUAGUAUUUCGAAAGUUUGGAGAAAAAACAAAAAGAAAAUAGUGACGGUGGGGAGUGACUCUCAGAGUCCUGACUGCUGUCUCGUCUAGCGUUCGAUAUGAUGUGUGUUAAUAAAGUGGGGUCCACCUUAGAUGGGGAUUCCUCGAUUGAUGUGGUCCGUUUGAUUUAGUUGUGAUUGUCAUUUGGAGAUGCUGGUACACCGUGCAUCAGGUGGACCUGCUUCUUCUGUGGUCUGUGGUAAUUGAAUUGCUUUCUUUAGUUUUUGUUUUUUACUCUGGUAUUGGUAUGGUCUGCUCCCUCGUUUUGGUUCCAAUCCGGCAAUUUGGCUAGCCUUUGCAGA